AUGCACAUACUAGACACGCAGACCACGCUCGCGUGGGAUAAAAUCCGCAUUGUUGGCGCCUACACAACAAAGAAAGACCUCCACUUCCGUGAGGCUGGACACGUGGAAGGAGCGCGCAUCAGUAGGCACGUGGAAUUAGAUGCCGAAUGCGGAGGUUGGUAUGGUGGAGCGGAUCCGAACACAGCCCAUCCCGAUUGGGUAGUGGAACGUGAUGGGCGGGUAUUGGCGCAAGUGUUAGCCAGUGAAACAACGUUUUGUCGGGCCAUGGGUAAGGUGACAACUGAGUUCGUACGUUGCCCAUGAGUCCGACGUCAACCUGGUGAGCCAGUUUAGAAACACUGUGGUUUGCCUGCUACUGCCCUUUCUUUCGUUGACAACUUGAACUAUUGCUUAGUACUUUUCCUGCUACCUGGAUCAGUGCUUUUGUUGGUUAUAAUCCUAGUCAUUUGCUGUGUGGACCAAGGGGUGUGGAGUGGAACUUAAAGGUCCGGGCUCGACCGUGCAAUCCACUUACGCCCUCACCUGCUUCCGGUCUUCUUGACUCUGUCUUGACAGCGGGUCCAGGUGGGGGAGGAGGGAAGGGUGCGGUAGAUGUUGUGCAAGUCUAUUAUCACUACAAACUAAUUCACGUGCAAGUCACCGUAAAUACUUCACAGUGCUGUGUGGCACACGGUGGACAUCGUCGGAAACGACGGUCGAACUGCCGAGCGAUGUUUGUAAGUCGAGUACGUGCAGCAUACAGGAGGCCUGCAAUAGUCAUCUGAGGCCAGCAUUGGCCAUUUCGAAGGCAAUCAGUAGAAGAAUUCGCCUUUAUCAGUAACGACAUGGCAACACCAACGGCGGCCGUGUGACGAGGUACCGCCUAAGCACUGAUCGUGCACAGAUCGCAACAGCAAUCACGUCAAGUAGCUAAUAGCAGGAGAAGACCGAAGGUAGGCUCAAGGACACGAAAAAUCUGAGCGAAAUUUGCUGCAUUGGCAUGUUUACUUCCCGCAUGGACGCCUGUGACCAUCUGAAUGCGCGAAUGCACGCAUGCUUAAGUUUGUCCAACUGUAAACCUGGCGCGUCUUGAGUGAAUGGCCUUGGCGCAGCGGGGGUCGGAACAUAGGAACCAGGCCUGAUGCUGCUGCUGCUGCUGCUGCUGCUGCUGCUGAUGAUGAUGAUGAUGAUGAUGAUGAUGAGGAGGAGGAGGAGGAGGAUGAGGAUGAUGAUGAGGAGGAGGAGGAUGAUGAUGAUGAUGAUGACGACGACGACGAUUCUGAUUGGCUGGAUAAAAAAUGGAAGAAGCCGUGUUAA